UCUUUCCCCGCUUCUCAGUAUCUCUCACGAGAUUUCCUCUCUUUUAACAGAAAACCGCCAUCUUUUAGUCUCGCUCACAGCAUCUCACUGAGCUAGUCUCUCUCAUUUUGCUUUGAGAUUCGUUCAAGUUUCGUGAUGGCGCCGGAGAUCAGGGAGGCUCUCUGUGCUCUGUGCUGUGCUCAUGGGUGGUCCUACGGAGUUUGCUGGCGGUUUGAUCGAAGGGAUCCUCGGUUGCUGGUGAUGGGUGGUAGUUAUUAUGAAGAACAAAUUAGGACAGUGAUUGACAAAACAAUUACUCAGGUUCAUGUAAUUGGAGAAGGAACUAUAGGAGUUGUAGCUAUAAGUGGAAAACAUCAGUGGAUCAGUUCUGAUACUUCUUUUGAGGGCAAUAAUGAGUGGCAACAUCAAUUUUUGGCUGGAAUGAAGACGAUUGUGGUCAUUUCCCUGCAAUCCUUUGGUGUGGUUCAAUUUGGAUCAACUGAGAAGAUAUGUGAAGGUUUGGAGUUCAUUGAACAAGCACAGCAUAUGUUUCGUCAACAAGAAGAUAUGAAAGGGCACUCUCUACCAGGAAAUAUCUAUCCAUGUGAACCAUUUACUUCGUUGAAUUCUUCUGGAAACAUUUAUGCUUCUCACAAGAACAUCAAUUCAUUGCAUGAUCUCAUAAACAAAGAGCUGCGUAAGUCUGAGCCUUCAACUAGUUAUACUUCUUCCAACCAUUACUCUCUGGGAUCACACAAUGGGAUCAUUGAUCCUUAUCUGUCAGCAAUUCCAGUAAUCACCAGUCCACAAUGUGCAUCCACUGUUGUUAGCAACCCAUUUUUCAGAAUAAAUUCUAGAACUAGUAUGUCGUCUUUUCCUGUCACAAGCCAGUCUGUAACAGCUAGUUAUGGUUCUAGCAAUCAGUUCACUGCCAACUUAAAUGCAAACAAUUUGGCUAAUGAACUAGCCACCUCAGCAGAACAAAGAAUGUUGCCUGGAUUGACAGCAAACUUACAUUAUUCUAGCUCUCAUAUGAACUCAUUUCAAUAUCAUUCUGGACACUCAAUUUCAUUAUCUUCACCUGCUAAAUCCUCGUCCAAAUCAUCCUCUAUUGCCUCAGAGCUACCUGAUAAUUUCCUCUCUUUACCCCAAGAUCCAGUGCCUGAACAAUCUGCAUCAUUCCAACUCAAAAACCACGAGACAAGAUCUCAGGUUGAUCCAUGUGAGCAUAACAUUCCAAGUGUUCAAAGUGAAGCUAUCAGCUGCAGUCCAUCAAUUGAUUUACCUAGCAAACCAGUUGAGAUUUCAUCUACAACUGGUUGUGAUUGGAAACUGACCUCCUCAAAUGAACCCAGUCAGCUAUUUUUGGAUAACGACCUGUUUGAAGGAAUGGAAUUGGAUCUGAGCCCUCGAAUAGUAAGGCAAGAGUCUUGGGAUGACAUAAUAACACCUAUUGGCAGUAGCCGCUUCUCAAACUUGGGUACUAGUGUUUCAGACUGCAAAUCUGAAAUAGACAAAGAGUUGUUUUCUGGAUCAAGUUUUGAACAAUUAUUGGAAUCAGUUGUCAGAGAAAGUGCCAAUUCAUCGACUAGUAACAGUUUAAUCUCUCUUAAUAAUGUUGAUUGUACUCAAGGAAACACAAAGCCAUCCCCUUUAUGUGAAUUUAACUUCGACAAGAUUAUACAACAAUGUUCGAUGGAAAUUCCCCAAAAGUCACAUUCUAGUUCUUGGAUUGAUGGUAGUUCCACUAUGAAUACUGAGAAUGCUAUAACCAAUCAAAUUAAGAAACCUGAAGAAAAUGUUAAGGUUGCUAGGAAACGAGCUAGGCCUGGGGAAAGUACUCGACCGAGACCAAAAGAUCGUCAGGCGAUACAAGAUCGUGUGAAAGAGCUACGGGAAAUAGUACCAAACAGCUCAAAGUGCAGCAUUGACACUUUGUUGGACCGAACGAUCAAGCACAUGCUCUUCUUGCAAAGCGUGACAAAAUAUGCUGACAAACUUAAACUAUCUGACGAGCCGAAGAUGAUUGGCAAUCAAAGUGGCGUUGUCCUUAAAGACAAUUCAAGCAGUGGAGCUGGUUCCGGUGGUGCUACAUGGGCCUAUGAAGUUGCAGGACAAACAAUGGUGUGUCCAAUAUUAGUUGAGGAUCUUAAUCCCCCGGGCCAGAUGCUAGUUGAGAUGCUCUGUGAAGAGAGAGGAUUCUUUCUUGAGAUAGCAGACGUUAUACAGGGAUUUGGGCUGACAAUUCUGAAGGGGGUGAUGGAGAUUCGAGAGAGUAAGAUAUGGGCUCGUUUCCUGAUUGAGGCAAACAAAGAUGUGACAAGAAUGGAUAUAUUUUUCUCACUCGUCCAAUUUCUACAGCAGACGAGCAGCAUUAGGACUAAUGAGCAGCAGCAGAAGCAAACCACGGUUCUUGAGAAAAAAGUUUUCAACACAUUUAGUAAUUAUCAGAAACGUCAUGACAGGAGUCCUAUCGCUAUUGCUGAUAGCUUAUGUUGAGUAGAAGCUCAUGCUGUCCUAACGUCAAAACCAUCCUGUGCUAUCAUGAUAAGGUUGUAAAACUUCCGAAACAACAACAUUUGUGAUGAGAUGAAGAUUUCAGGAUCCAAGGAGAAAGAUUCUCGAGCAGAUAACGGACGAGAGUAAUUUCUUCAAUGAUAGGAAAUGUGACGUUCACAUAGAGGGCGGGAAGAAUGGUAGAAUCGAUCGGUUUUUAGAUUUGAAGAUUAGAUGAGAUUUGCUAAAUUGUAGCUUCUUUUGUUUCUAUCUUUGUCCUUACGGUAUCAGAGAGUCGUUAGAUGUUUAGCUAGUUAUAUAGGCAACAUUUUGUUAUUUGCUGUUGUUUGUGCUUUAAAGUGUUCCUCUGAUUGAAAUGGUCCUAUUGAAGUGAUAAGAAAUAUUUGAAUGUUUAUGGGCCAUUGUAUUUUUAUAAUGGGCGAGGCUCAUUUUCUCUUCCA